GACGACGAACACACGACAGCGAGCGAAUGAAAGAGAAAAAAAACACUAACACAGCGUUCUGUCCAAUGACAGUCGAACAAAUAAUCGGAGCGUUUGCAUACUGUACGACAAACCAUUGAAAUUUUCUUCUUGCAAACACACAUAUUCGAUAAUAAUUCAGUGUUUUUCAUUUAUACAAUUGUUGAAACAAUUUCAUUUUCAGACAAUUUAUCAUCAGAAGCGAAACAACACAGCAAAGACAUCGCAAAAUUUCCGAUUGAACAUUUGGUGUAAAGUUUUUUUUUCUCUUCUGUUUGCUCGCGACAAUAGAACAAAAGGUGAAAAUAGUACACUUGAUAGUUUUUUUUAUUGUUGUCAACUUUAAUUGAGCUCAAUUAACGGAAUCGAAAAACGAUAAACGAUUCGAAGAUUUAGUGAAUUUUUCGCAUUUCUAAUAUCAAGCAAUCGGAUGUGAAUCAGUUUCGUAAAGGGAUACAAAAUCAUCGUAAAAUUGAUUUUUCGUUCGGUUUUUUUCAUCGUGAAGCAAACGAGAGACAGAGAAAAAUCCAUUGUUUUGGGGCGGAUUUGAUCUAAAUUUCAUCAGUUCUUAAGAAAAAUAUAGAAACAAAAGCAGUUUGUGCAAAACAAAAUGGAUCCAUUGCCUGUAACAUUAAUUGUCAAAGCACCGAAUCAACAAUUCGAAGAUCAAACCAUAAAAUGUGAACCAACUUGGUCGAUUCGAAAACUCAAAGGUUAUCUAUCCGAAGUGUACCCAUGUAAUCCGACAUUGGACGAACAGAAACUGAUUUAUUCCGGGCAAUUGUUGAACGAUGCGCACAUUUUGAAAGAUGUUUUACGGCAAUAUGAGGGUCAAGAUACGCACACCGUGCACUUAGUCUAUACACCAAAAAAUCGUCACAUGGCAUCGACGACAUCGUUCAAAUCAUCACAGUCAACGCGCAAAGAUGCAACGGAUAGUAGUCAACAGGCAAGACAACAGACAUCAUCACAAUCAUCACAACAAAGCCAACAGUCGGAAGCGACAUUCGGUGCAGACGGCUUAAGACAUCGAAAUGCAAGUGCCGGAUCGAAUGCAAACACGAGUCAAAUGCCAUCGCCACCGCCGUUCAUGACUGGAUACUUGAAUAUGCCGCAGCCAUUUAUGCCGGGAAUGGCAUUCGCCCAACCGAAUGCCAACCAACCGCAACCACAGUACACGCCCGAACAGUAUGCACUGGCCCAGCAAAUGGCCAUGCAAAAUAUGAUGCAUCAAAUGUAUUUGCAGUACAUGAAUCAGUAUGCGGCUACGAUGCAACAGCAACAACAAUCGAGUACUGCACCAAAUGUUCCGUUUAUCCCAUCAAAUUAUUUCCCACAACCGAAUUUCGGUAUGUCACAACAGUUUAGUGCAGUCACGACAAGCGCGCCCACUUUGAGUGGUGAACAGCAGCAAGCUGUUCAGCCUCAGCAAGACGCACCGCCAGUGCCACCAGCGCCAAGAUUUCAACCGGUUGCCGCCGAUGAUGAGGCCGAAAAUCGUGAUUGGCUGGAAAUUUUGUACACACUAAGUCGAUUACUGGUGCUACUAUCGUUGGUUUACUUUUAUUCAUCACCGGGAAGAUGCUCAAUUGUGAUAAUUGUUAUUGUUUUAUAUUAUUUUUAUCAAAACCACCAAAGAAAUCUUCGUGAACGGCAACAAUUGGAACGUUUGCAGGGAGCAGCCGUUGAAGCAGAUGUAAUCGACGCACCAUCCGAUGAUAACGAACAGCAAAAUGCAAACGAUGGUGAAAAUAACCAGAGAAAUGAAGCCGAAUCAACACCAUUAAUCAAUCAAGAAACUGAAAGUUCAACAACAACACCAUCAUCGCCUAGCGCCGAACAAGAUGAAAAUACCCGAUUGCCAACAUUAACAUUAGUUCGCACAUUUAUCUUGUCAUUCUUUUCGUCACUUAUACCUGAAACACCAGCGGUUUAAUGGCUCUGCUUCAUUCGACGAAACACCUAGAAAAAUGGAAGUUAGAGAUAUUAUUGUUCAAUAAAAAUGAGACACACUUUUAACCAAUUCAAUUGAAUUUACAAACGAAAAAUACAAACAAAACUUGUAACAUUUUUGCAUCCUAAUUGUUCACGAGACUAAACCGUUCAUCGCCGGCGUUUAUCAUAGCGAAACAGAAGGCAUCUGUGCAAAUUUAUAUAGGAAAAAAAGAAUUUAAAUUUAAUGAAGAAUUCAUAGAACAACUUUAACAAAUGAAUUUCAUUGGAGAUGGUGGCGUCACAUGGAAACAAGCACACAGACGCAUGAUAUAUAUAUAUAUAUAUCAAUGAACUAUAGGUUAAGGUCUACUGUUUAAUGAAUAAAACACGUAUUUUGCCAACCUCUUCACUCCAAAAUUAUUUACCGCAAAAUGAAAAACGUUCGACAGCAAAUAAAAAUUGUACCUAUUGUAAUUAAUUAAUUUAUUAUGAAUUUUGUCCCCCCCCCCUUCGCUUUAGAAUCAAAAGGUGCCACUAAAUUUUCAAUUUGAGGUGUUAAAAUGACUUUAUUAUUUUUUACACUAUUAUUUGCAAUUAUACACUUGAAAACAUACUAAUACAAUUAGGAACCGAAUAUUACUUUUUUGGAGUUGGUGAAAUCACCCAAAACUUCAAACGUGAUUAAUAUUUCCAGAGUUAUUCGAAUUUUUUUUCUUUCGUUUAUUUAUAAUAAUCUAAAUGUGUACUAUUGCCCAGAAAUUAAAUAAAUUUGCAGAAUAAAAAUGAAA